GUGCCUUCAAGUCCCUGGACCGGGACGGGUCGGGGCAGAUCCGCGUCAGCCUGCAGGAGGUGGGGGUCUCCGGGGCGCUGGGGCUCGAGACCCUCCUGGACCUGCUGCUGGGGCUGGCGGGGGGGCUGCGGCACCGCCUCGGCCACCGGGAGCCCCCCGCCGGCACCGGGCCCGCCGCCGCAGGCAGCGGCGACAGCGGCGACAGCGGCGGCGACAGCGACGGCGACAGGGAGAGAGACAGAGAGAGACACGUCCGGGACUUCCUGAGCUGGGCCGAGCCGGCGGCCGCGCGGGUCCGGGAGCUGCAGCUGCAGCGCGGAGACUUCGAGAUCCUCAAAGUGAUCGGGAGAGGCGCCUUCAGCGAGGUGGCCGUGGUGAGGAUGAGGGAGACGGGGCAGAUCUACGCCAUGAAGAUCAUGAACAAGUGGGACAUGCUGCGCCAGGGACAGGUGUCGUGUUUCCGCGAGGAGCGGGACGUGCUGGUGCGCGGGGACCGGCGCUGGAUCACGCGGCUGCACUUCGCCUUCCAGGACCCGCAGUGCCUGUACCUGGUGAUGGAGUACUACAUCGGCGGUGACCUGCUGACGCUGCUCAGCAAGUUCGGGGACCGGCUGCCGCUGCCCAUGGCGCGCUUCUACCUGGCCGAGCUGGUGCGCUCGGCGGUGGCCGUGGGCACCCCCGAUUACCUGUCCCCAUGUCCCCAAUGUCCCCAAUGUCCCCAGGUGCGCUCGGCGGUGGCCGUGGGCACCCCCGAUUACCUGUCCCCAUGUCCCCAAUGUCCCCAGGUGCGCUCGGCGGUGGCCGUGCGCUCGGCGGUGGCCGUGGGCACCCCCGAUUACCUGUCCCCCGAGAUGCUGCUGGCGGUCGAGGACCCCUCGCGCUCCUACGGCCCCGAGUGCGACUGGUGGGCGCUGGGGGUCCUCGCCUUUGAGAUGUUCUGCGGCAAGCCGCCCUUCUUCGCCGACAGCGUGCUCGAGACCUACGCCAAGAUCCUGCACUUCCAGGUGCGCGCCGCGGGGACAUCGAGGGACAGCGGCGACACCGGGAGGGGACAGCGGAGACACCGCAGAGGGACAACGGGGACAGCGGGACAGGGUGGGGACAGCGAGGUGACCCCGGGUCUGUGGGCGUGGGUGGCACUGGGGACCGGGAGGUGGCACCGAGGGUGGCACCAGGGUGACAAUCACCCCCGGGGAGGUGACACCGCUGCCCCCGCUGUCCCCAGCUACGGUGGGGCCGGGGGGAGGGGCCGGGGGUGUCCCCGGGGCUGUCCCCAAGUGUCCCCUCCCUGCAGGCGCCUGCAGGAGGCCGAGAGCCGCAACCUGGAACUGGAAGCGAAACUGCGGCGGCUGCAGAGCGACCCCCCCGGGCCCGGCCCCCCCGCAGCACAAGGCAAGGACCCCUCCCCAAAAUCCCUGUGACACCCCGGGAAUGUCCC